AUAGGGAUCUGUGUGUGCUGCGAAGCCCUGAUCCUUCCUGAACUCUGGACACGGACUGCGAUUAAACUAGUGUCAUGGCGAGCAGUCCUGCAGUGCUCAUGCGGUUGGUGGCUUCAGCCUAUGCCGUGGCGGAAAAGGCUGGAACUAUUGUCCGUAAAGUGCUUCAAAGUGGAGAGCUCGGUAUCGUUGAAAAGACAGGAGCUGAUGAUCUACAGACACUGGCUGACAGGCUUGCUCAGAAGAGUAUAUGUGCAUCCUUGUCGAAAAGCUUCCCUAAAGUCACUAUCAUCGGGGAGGAGGAAUUACCAGAUGAGUCUGUUGAGGAAGACCUGAUAGAGAACGGGCACAGCAGCCUAAUCCUACAAAAAUCCUGUCCCGAUCAGUAUGCCAGCCUGAAGGAGGAAGAGCUCGUUGUGUGGGUGGACCCUCUUGAUGGCACUAAAGAAUAUACAGAAGCUGCGAGGGUUUUGUACAACCCAGUUUACAUACAGAAGCCAGUGCAGCCCCACAGAGCCCCUAACCGGCUUUUGGAUCAUGUGACAGUGCUAAUAGGGAUUGCUUAUAAAGGGACAGCCAUUGCUGGAGUCAUCAAUCAGCCCUUCUACAACUACCAGAUUGGGGCUGGUGCUUCUUUGGGCAGAACUUUAUGGGGAGUUCUGGGUUUGGGCGCAUUUGGGUUUCAACUCCAGGAAGUCCCAGAUGGUAAAAGAAUCAUCACAACCACGCGGUCCCAUAGCAAUAAACAUGUGACCGACACAGUGCAAGCCAUGGAGCCUCAUGAUGUCAUCAGAGUGGGAGGAGCUGGGAAUAAGAUCAUCCAGCUAGUGGAGGGAAAGGCCUCCGCUUAUGUGUUUGCCAGUCCAGGAUGUAAAAAGUGGGACACGUGUGCGCCUGAGGCAAUUCUGCAUGCAGUUGGAGGCAAAUUGACAGACAUCCAUGGUAAUGCAUUCAGAUAUGAUGCCAAUGUGAAGCACAUGAAUUCUGCUGGAGUUCUGGCGACUCUCCGGGAUCAUCAGUACUAUAUAAGCAGAGUGCCACGGGCUGUCCUACAGGCUCUCCCCUCGGACUAAACCAUUACACGAUAUUAAGUCAUACUGUAAACUUUUGUGCCUCAAAGCUGUGAUAUGUCCUUGCCAUAAAUUGAACUGUUUAAGAUUAAUAAGAUUUGAGUACAUUCACAACAUGUUUUCAACCACGUUUAUAAGGGGACCAAAUACAUUUAUUUUUAAACAUUUAAUUAUUUGUAGUAAUAUAAUUU